AUGCUGAGAUGGUCUUUAAUACUUAAUGCAUAUGAGUAUACUCUAAUUCAUAGACCAGGGAAAAAGAUUCAAAACGCAGAUUCUUUAAGUAGACUCCCAAGAGAGACUGAUAAAUUUGAGGUUCCCGCUCCUUUAGAGGUAUUGUUUACCGAGGACUUACAAGAUCCUCCGCUUCAGGCAGCAGAAAUAGCAAAAUUAACAUUGCGUGAUCCAAUUUUGUCAAGAGUACUAAAUUGGGUUUUGAGAGGAUGGCCAAAUGAAAAACCAGAUAAAAAAUUUCAGACUUUUUUUUCGAAACGUAACGAACUUUCAACCCAUCGAAAUUGCUUGUUAUGGGGUAAUAGAGUAGUUAUUCCAGUGUGUGGAAAAUCACGUGUUCCCCAGGCUCUGCAUCUGGGACACCCAGGGAUCGAAAGAAUGAAAGCUCUCGCACGUUCAUACGUGUGGUGGCCAGGCAUGGACCACGACAUAGAAGUGCAUGUUCAAAGAUGCCAGGAAUGUCAACAGACACGCCAUGCCCCUCCUAAAGCUUCAGUCCAUCCAUGGGAGAUUCCAGAGAAACCUUGGUCCCGUCUUCAUAUAGAUUUUGCAGGUCCGUUCCAGGGACAAGAAUUCCUCAUCAUAGUAGAUGCUAUGUCAAAGUGGAUAGAAGUCCGUCAUAUGACUUCUACGUCUGCUUCUGCAACAGUCGACGUCCUGCGAGAAAUCUUUGCUACCCAUGGGAUACCUGAAGUAAUCGUUUCCGAUAACGGAGGUCAGUUUCGAGCAUCGGAGUACCAUAUUUUCUUAGAAAGGAAUCUCGUUCGAAGGGUCAUGAUCGCACCAAGACGUCCGUUCGGAAAUGGUCAGGCUGAAAGAACAGUCCAGACCGUCAAAGAUGCCCUAAGACGCAUUGUGAAGGGAAAUUGGAGGAAGAGGCUUGCCAAGUUCCUUCUUCAACAACAUUGUACUCCCACCACCACAACAGGUGCUAGUCCUGCGGAACUGUUGAUGGGGAGGAAGCUAAGGACCGUCUUAGAUAGACUCCAUCCAGAUCUGACGGCUGAGAGGAAGUUGAGACAGGAGCAAGAUGCGUAUAGAAAAAAUGGUAGUUCUCUUCCAAGAUCGUUCAGUGCCGACGAUCCAGACUUUGUGAGAAACUAUGGACAGGGUCCAAAGUGGUUUUCAGCAACGGUCAUUAAACCUACAGGUCCAGCUUUCUACCAAGCUGCGACUACAGAAGGCGAGGUAGUUAAACGUCAUGUGGAUCAAAUGCGGAAGCGUAUUCCUGAUCCGUUGACUGUUCCAUCCAAUCCUAGUGUAUCAUCGCCACCAGCAACGAGUGUUGAGACUGAAGUACCAUCUCCCAUUCCUUCCAGUGCUGAUUCUCAGAGUUCAGUAGUUGAACCUACAAUACCAAAUCAAGAGUCUUCUGUUUCAGUUCCAGAACAGACUUCCAGAAACUUGAGGCCCAGACAUACCAUCGUCAGGCCAAGCAGGUUCAAAGACUUUGUUCUAUCCUAGGGCAAAGGGGUGUUGUGAUGUCAACCGACGUCACCUUCCGUCAUC